GCAAGCUAGCUUAAAGUUUGUAGCUAAGAUCACCAUAGAGCAUGACCAUAGAGCAACACUUAGUACAAAAUGUUUUAACAGUUGGUCAAAAUGAUUGCAACAAUUCAAGAGAAUUGUGAAUUUAACAAUUGACUCGUCGAGCGUCUACCGUCUUAGCUUUUGAGGUUAUGAUAUUGACGAACUGUUUAAAAAAUUUCAGGGAACCUUUGUAAUUUAUGUGAGACGGAAUUUAUUUGUUCGCGGUAAUGUCAAAUCAACCACUAGUUUGUCAGUUAUGGAUGGGAGGUCUGGAACCGUACAUGACGGAGAGCUUCAUCAUGUCUGCGUUCCAGCGCAUGGGGGAGGCGCCCCAGAAUGUGAAAGUCAUGCGCAACAAGUUCACCGGCGAGCCGGCGGGCUACUGCUUCGUGCACUUCGUCACGGACGAAGCAGCCCUCAAUGCCAUGCACAAGCUCAGUGGCAAGAUCAUCCCCAACACGAACCCCGCCAUUCGUUUCAAACUGAAUCACGCAAGCACGACAGGGCGCCCGCCCAUCGACAGAGAAUUCUCUCUCUGGGUAGGAGACUUGUCUUCAGACGUAGAUGACUAUACCCUCUACAGGACAUUUGCAUCACGCUACCCAUCCAUCAGAACUGCGAAAGUGAUCAUGGACAGUGAUGGGUUAAGCAAAGGAUAUGGUUUCAUUCGGUUUGCCAGCGAAGACGAGCAGAAGAACUGCCAGUUGACGAUGAACGGCUACAAGGGUCUGGGCUCCAAGGCCAUCAAAGUCAGCAAUGCAGUGCCCAAGGCCCAUCGAGUGCAGGCGAGCUCGACGGCAGCCACGACCGGAGGCUACAGCUCGAGCCAGGACUACGGCCAGUACUACGACGUGUCGUACUGGCAGAACUACUCGGCGUGGCAGGGCUACUAUGAAACUGCUGGUGCCAUGCAGAGCGUGCAGGACUACGCGCAGGUCAGCUAUGCCUCCUCGGCCGCCCAGAACACGGACGAGGUGGGCAGCGUGGAGGACGACUUGGAGCUCGUGGAGCACAAUGUACCGUUGGACAUAGAGCGCCUGAACAGGGACGUCACGGAACGAGACUACAACUUGUGGGACGCGCUGGAGAGCUCCAAGUGGCUGCCGCUCGAGGCGGAGAGCGCCUCCGUGUGACAUUCUUCUUCCUUUGUGUGGACACUACAGUGACGUGAUCAAUAAAAUAUUUUGUACUUUUUA